GUCUAGUCGAGAAUCAGUGUAGUAGUUCUUUUAGAUUUUCUCCCGUGCUUGAAUUUUUUAUAUUAUAAAAUUAUUGUUGAGUCAUUCAAUAUGGCCAACUACCAAGUGUCUAGGCCGCCUGAGAAGAAAGCGGCCUAUAGAUUUCGUAUUGUUGUCACACAUUAUAUAAACCCACAACUAUUUUGGUAUUACAUUGAUGUACCCGAUUCGUUACAUAAGGUGUUGGAAGUAGAAAGCCUCUUGCUGGCAGAGUGCACCAGAGACAGUGGUCAAUGUUACUUUAGACCCCAUUUAAAUGAAAUAGUUGCGGUGCAAUAUUUACCCUUCUCGAAAUAUAUUCGGGGUCAAGUACUUCAUGUGGAUAAUGAAAGCGAAAAACCCACAUAUAUAUUAUGGGCCAUUGAUCAUGGGUUUCCGUUUGCUUCAGACGGAAGGUAUUUGUGGCAGAUACCAGUUGAUCUGCGGAAACCCUCCGAUCGUAUUAUAUGUGGUGGAAUGGCUAAUAUUUACCCUAAGCCUUCUGUACCUAUAACUGAUGACGUAAAUCUUCAUCAUAUUAUAAGUGAAAUGUCCUGGAGUGAUGACGCUUGUGAGUUUAUAGAAUGGCUGAUGAAAAACGCGAGAUAUCUUUUUUUUUAUCAUUUACAUCUCUCGGAGAAUAGAAAACAGUGGGGUUUUCUAAAUAUACGUUUUCAAAAUGAGGUACGCCGUCGUUCAUACAAAUCAUUUCACGCACCCUUGGGAAAAUCGAAUGCAGACGCUUAUCUAAAUUUAUGCGGAAAGAUACUGAAAGGAGUAAAGAUUGUAAAUACCAUUGAAGGUGUAAUAUUCUUUUCCUAUGGUCCACUAUUCGAUUUAGAGGAGAUUUUGUUUUGUGGACGUCUACAGUAG